AUGGCUUCAGCAAUGGUGGCGCCGGCGAGCAGUUUGCCCCUACAGGGUAAUGCUCAAACCCAUGCCCGAGUACCACUCAUCAUUAACAAUAUUGCCAUCCAUGACAACUCGGACAAGAACUAUUACACCUUGGCAGACAGUGCCGAGGCCCAGCGCUUGAUGCAGGAAGAGAUCCAUUGCGAGGCAGCAUGGGCCCAGAAGAGCUUCAUGGGCAGCGUCGCUUUGAUCGAGGAGAACGCAUGCCUCGCAACAUCUCAGGCGUUGCAAGGCUCCAUACCACAUACCCACCGCGAGGGCGCACAUGCUGCCGUCAUCAACAGGCCCUUUGGUGUGGUUCUUGGGAUUGCCCCAUGGAAUUCUCCACUCAUCCUUGCAUUUCGGGCAGUCAUCGCUCCCUUGGUAGCUGGAAACACGGUCAUUUUGAAGGGCUCUGAGCUCAGUCCCAAAACUCGCUUUUUUGUUGCAAACUUGUUUGUAGAAGCGGGGUUUCCACCAGGAGUCGUCAACUUUUUGCUUCAUCGGCCUCAAGAUGCCGCCAGUGUGGUCCACAGUCUCAUCAAUAACCCAGCCGUGCGCAAGAUCAACUUUACCGGCUCGACAAAGGUAGGAAGGAUCAUUGCCAAGGCCGCUGGUGAAGCAAUCAAGCCUGUGCUUCUCGAGCUUGGAGGAAAGAAUUGCGUUCUCGUGCUCGAAGAUACCGAUGUACAGAGAGCAGCUGAAGGAGUACUCGAGGGGAUGGUGGAGAAUCUCAGAAGAGAUCCGACAAUAUCAGCUUGUCGGCUCUGGAUCGAACGACAGAGUCAGCUCUUUGACCAAACCAAGGGUGAUAACAACAGAACACCUAUCACUAUUCUCGAAGGCAUUACUGAGUCCAUGGAUAUCCUUUCUGCCGAGAGCUUUGGGCCUAUUGCAGGAAUCCGCGUUGUCUCGGAUGAGAAUGAGGCGAUAUCCAUCGUGAAUAGUCUCAACCACGGCCUAUUCAGCCCACUUUGGACAAAGGACAUGCAUCGUGCUUGGAGAUUGCCUCUCGGCUUCAUGUGA